CGUAUGUAGUAUCUAACACCACCUUCUCACAAAGUUAAAUGAAUACCACAAAUGAAGACUGCGUACUGUUGCAUGAAAUAACAACUGGGUCCAUAUGACGUGUGGUGCAACAAUUUUUGGAUACAUUUAGACUCCACUGACGUUUUCUUUCGUUUUGUUCCCUAAAGAUUUUUCCGAAUCCUCUAACAAACAAUUAGUGGAUCCCACAAGCGUUAUCAUUUUCUUCUCCAGAGGGACGAACUCUUCGUUCCGUUCAUUGUUUUUGUCACAACAUGAGCGUGUACAUCGCACAUCAGAUGGUCUCUCAACACUCCACUGAUCUACAAAAAAACAUUAUAACGUAAUUAUACGAGUAGGUGGAGAAGACAGAGUGCAUAUCUGUGUGCUUUUGGAACUUAUAUGUGGUAUCGAUCAGGUGACGAUUGAUUUAUUCUGGUAAUGCAAGCGGUGCGCAUGGUGAUGGACACGCUCUCUGCAGCAGUGGUGCCAUCGCACUGCUGUCCUCUGUGAUCGAUAAUGUAGCACAAUAUCAGGCGGGAUAACGGACUGUAUCUGACCGCUUUGGAGGAGUCGCCUUCUCGGCCACGUUUUAUUCGCGGAAGCAUCGGCUGCUGGAGGCAAAGCGAAAACCGUGGGUAUUAAGCAAUUGACGCGCCAGGAGUGGACAACCGGACUGAACAAAAUAGCGGUCGUAUUUUUAAACUCCGGAGCCUAAGGCAGCUUCUACGACAGAUUCUGUUACCCCACAGGCACUGCACAUAUAUACCGAAAACCAUGUCAUGUCAAAAAACAUGCACCCGCUCUUCGUUAUUUGUUUCUACGGGGACACGAGGGUCGACAGGCCGCUGACUGUCACAAGAAACAGCAGGUCAAGAAAACUCCAAAGGUCUUUUUUGAACACAGUAUUACCACAAAUCAACUACAAGGAAUCAUGCUGUCUAUUUUAGCAGCAGGGUCUGUUUUUUUCCCAGGCCUUUUUCUGUUGUCCAAGCGGUGUCUUAGAUCCAUCCCUGGACUAAGGUGGAAUGAGGGGGAUGCAGUUAUUGUGUCAGCCAGGUUGGUGUCAUCCAUUCAAGCUAUUAUGGCUUCUACAGCUGGUUACAUCAUCUCCACAUCCUGUGAGGACAUCAUUGAGGACCAGCAUUGGCUGACCAGCUCCUACAUCCUAUUUGCUGUGCCAUACUUUGUUUAUGACAUCUACGCUAUGUUCCUGUGUUACUGGUACAAGCUCCAGGUCAAAGGACAUGAGGUGGACAACGGGUCCAAAUCUAAAGCUUUGGCAGUAGCUGGCUAUCUCCGCAGAGAGUUCCUCAUGGUCUUGCAUCAUGUUGUCAUGGUCACUAUGUGCUUCCCCAUUUCUGUGUUCUGGAGGCAGGGGAAAGGCGAUUACUUUCAGGGUGUCAUGUUCCUGGCUGAACUCAGCACACCGUCUGUCUGUCUAGGCAAAAUCCUCAUCCAGUACAAGCAACAGCACAGGCUUCUUCACAAAGUGAAUGGAGCUGUUAUGCUGAUAACUUUCUUCCUCUGUCGAGUCCUUCUCUUCCCCUAUCUCUACUACAUUUACGGAAGGUAUGCCUCUAUUCCUUUCUUCCGGGUUCCUUUCACGGUACCCUGGCAGUGUAAUCUCGGAGCAGCUCUUCUUAUGGCUCCGCAGCUUUACUGGUGUUCCCUGAUCUUCAGGGGAGCGUUCCGGCUGUUCACCGGCAAGUCUUCACGCUCCCGCAAGCCGAUAGCUCCAGUCAAGCCUGACUCCUUAGGACAUGCGUCAUUGUUUCAGUCAGCCAAUGGCUACAACGCGCAAAUGGUGGGUCGAGAAUCGCCCACAAUGUCGCACUGAGUGAAGGAGCUAGUAUGAACAAGACUUAGCUAAGGACAAAUAAAAAAUGGGAACAAAUGAUUUCAACGAUUAAUAAGAAGAAGAGCAGUGUGACCAGGAGUGAUUAAAGACCCACUGAAAUAGAUUAGAUGCAUUAAUGCCGGUGACAUAUUACAGCACAGCAUUACGUUUAGUUCCAGGGCAUGGGUGAUCUAUAUAAGACAUGCUUUAGCAGACCAAGGAAUGCUAUGCUGACAAUAAAUCUGUCAAUAAAAACAAUGACCAGAUGUGUGUCAAACCCACAAGUUUUGAGUAACUGAGGCAAUAAGUGCAAAUUUUACAUAAGAACAUUUCUGAACCAGGAGAAGCGCUUUUUUUCAAGGCACUAUGAUAUGGUUAUGGAUGUCAAAAGUGGGGCUGAGGUCUUUAAAAUGCAGUAUACUACAGUAGUGCUGCAGAUGCUGCAAAAAUCCUCAGUUACUUGCAGUACAUAUAGCAGACCAGCUACAAUGAGCAACCCAAGACUUCAGGCAAUAUAAAGAUUUACUGUCUCUAGAGGAAAAUGAGUAAAGCCAAAACUGCCAUUCAGUUUAAAAUGAAUAGUUUAACUGAAAAGAUAAUGUUGUCAUUGUAUACUCUUGAUGUCAGAUCUUUUCAUCAUUUUAACCUCAUGCUGUUUUCUUUAUGUUGUGAAAUAUAACAUUAGCAUAAAGGGCCCUAUCGUACAUCCGGCGCCAGGCAUCACGCAGGCAUUUUGUUAGUUUAAGCCCGACCGUUCGUCAUUUUCACGUCCUGCACCACGUUGUUUAAAUAGCAAAUGCACUUCACUCAUUCGUGCGUCCAUGGGCGUGCUGGUCUGAAACGUUGCUAUUUUGAGACAACUGAAAUAGACUGCCCUGGUGACAGACUGAAACCUGGUCCAAAGCAAUAUUUUUUAUAUUUAAAGAGCGCAUCAGUAAUAUGCUCCUAUAGAGAAUGUGAAGCUGAUGUCACGCCCUAUGUUGCAUGUUGCAGUGGCGCCGCCAUCUUGGGAGGUUAAUACUCCACUGCUAUUCUUGUUUUGAUAUGUACUUGACUUGUUUUGUUUGAUAUAUGGAGAAAUCGAAAGUGAAAGAUCCAUGGGAUUUUCCUGAAUGACUCUGUGUAAUACUAUUGCAGUUUUUAAUACAGCAAGAUCGACCUUCCAUAGUUAUUUUUCCUAAUCAAACAAAGAAAAACAAAACACUGAAUUGAACGCACUAGCAGCCAUCCUCCCAAGAUGGCACAACAUUCAAAGCGGCGUGACGUCUGUUAACAAGCUCUAUAGGAGGGUGCACAAUAUGCACAUUCUGCUCAUUACACACAGAGGGAUGCGCAGCAACACACAUUUUUAAAUAUGGACAAUUAAUGGAAUAAUAUGUAAAGGAUCCGUAUUGUUCGCAUAAUAUAAAUAUCCAGCCAGAUGGUCUGCUCGUGCGCGACAUCCGUUUCCCUCUCGUUCACUCUUAGCUCUUGCAAACAACGCCAUGUUAAUAGCGAAUGCGCCAUGGUGCAAACGCAUUUGGCUUUUAAAGGGAAUGAGAGAUAAUUAUUAAUUAUUGUAAUUUUUUAUUUUAUUUCACGUUAUGCCCAAAACACACCAUGAAUCAUUACGAGAGUAGGAACAACCCUGUUGACCUAUGCAUCUGCCGUACGGAAAAAAAAUCUGCCGUUAAUCUACACUGUAAAAAAACCCUUAAUUUUACAGAUUUUUCUGUUAUUUUUUAAAAGAUUUUUUUAAAUGUGUUUUUAAAUAUGAUCAAAAAACGUGACAUUACAGAAAGUACCGCAAAUUUAUACGAAAAAUGGGAAAAAGUAAUUUUCAAAGAAAAAUCUUUAUUUUACAGUUAAACAAUAUUUUACUUUUUACAGUUUAUUUUUUAAAGUUUAUUUUUUAAAUACGGUCAAAAUUACAGAAAAAUACAGAAAAUUUAAAGAAACAAUUGAUUAUAUAUCCUUACACCCUGUAAAAAACUAUUAUUUUACGGUUUAUUUUUUUCACUCCAGCUGACACAAAAUUUCAGUUUUUUUACAGUGUAGCAAAAGUGGAUUCUGAAAGGCCCACCUGCGCUUUAGAACAUGCACUUGGAGCAUUAUAGGCGAUUUCACAUUAGUAAUUUUUGUGCACAACCGGGUUCGAUUAACGUCAGAGUUCGUUUUGGUGAUGUGAACACUGUUCUCGGAGCUGGGUGCGCCCGCUUAAAAAGGGAGGUCGAGGCUGCGGUUCAUAUGAACUCCAUUACGCUUCCCUGCUGAUAUGUACGCAAUCGUACCAAACCACGUAAGUGAACCACUAUUAAUAACGUUUUAUUUGGUAAAAAAGUGUGCUUGUGUUUCACUCACUUUUCUGACGAGCGAGACUGGCGCGUUCCAAGCAGAUGUAUGUCUCCUUUCCGUUCGCCUUUAGCGUUCUUAAAAGCAUUUGCAGUAUAUUUACAGAUGAAAGUGCAGUUAUGUACGAAAGCUUUGGAGACAGAACUAACCGUUCAAAUACAUAAAUAUAAAAAAGUGAAGCAAGCAAUGUUAUGCAUUUUGUCGACUUCUCCUGCGUUGUCGUUAAAAGCGAAAGGGUAAACAGCUGCAGUCUUGAUGAUGCAAACGACCCGCGGUUCAGACCCAAAAUUAAUAAUAAUCUGCAGAGGGAGAGAGGAGCAUCGAACCAAAUGUGAAACCAACCUAAAAUAGGGCCCUAGAUAAUAAAUAGAGUCUCCCAACUACUGUCUUCAGUUAUACUGCCAAGACUUUGUCCAGUGUUCCUGGUCAGAACAAGCUUUAUGAUAGCUUUGUGUGCAAAACUGAAAUUUUAAUCAUAAUUUAUCAUGCUUUUCCUCUACAUUAUAGAUUAUCAUUUAUAAUUGUGUACAGUACAAAAAUACAACACCCUUUGUUGCACUGCACAAUUUGUGAUUGUUUUUGUGUGACAGUAGAUGCACGAAAAUAUGAUCACAAAUUAGAUUUUGGAGGUUGGAAAUUUUCUUAAUUUAAAUUUCAUGUGUUCCUUAAAAAGGCUUCAAAAGCCUUGGAAUAUGUUUUUUGUUCUAUUUAGAGGUUGGCAGUAUUUACUGCCAUCCUGUUGUACAGAAAACAGAAGUUUGAACAUUCUGCUUAGAUCUCCUUUGUGUUUCACUGGAAAAAGGAAAACAUGCAGGUUAAAUUGGUGAUGAGAUUUUCUCUUCUUUGUAAGCUAUUCUGAUGCAUUUGAAGACCUCUCUUGAUCAAAUAAAGGGAAAAAACAUAAGAUGUAAUGAAAUCCUGUCCGUCAGGUAAAGAGGCAGGGUUUUGGAAUGUAUUCCUUUAUACAUGCUAGUAUAUUAUUUAUACAUCGUCUGCUCAGAAAACAGACCAUAACAUGUUAUGCAAAGUUGCUACCAUAACUGUUUUCAAAUUAGACCUGUAAUCCACAUUAGGUCGGCUUUAAAGUCAGAACUCUGAAUGGGUUUUUCUACAAGACUUUUAAUAUUUGCAGUUAGCUUUAUGAUGUCCCUAUAGUGUAACCUUUUUAAGACUGAUGUCUAAGAAUCCAGCAUAUGUUUUAAAUGGACAUUGUAAAAGGAUAGAAUAUAUAUUAAGCUGCCUUAUCCCUCUUAUAACCUUAUUCUUUUACAUGAUAAUUUUUGUCCAGAGUUGGAUUUCCUUCACUUAAAUCCGAUACAAGAUGUACAUAAACGAUGUGAAAUUUAUUUGCACUUUAUUCAUUUAAUCGUUUUUUCUUUUCGUCAUUGAAUAUUUUGUUUUUCAUAAUAUUUUGUCUUUCUUUCUUACCAUUAUUUAUUGUGCUUUGUUGGAAAACGUUGACUGUUUUUGUUUAUUGUUGGCCAUCUAAGCCUGUCAUCCUCAGUGUUUUUAGUGGGUCAGUCAAGCUAUACAAUCUCAACAGGUUGUUUUCUCUCAUUUGCAAAUUCAUUUGGUCAGGUAUGUUUUGUUCAAUAAAACAUUGUGCUUGCAUGUUCAACUGUUCUACUUAAAACUGAACUUACAUGGCAAAGAACCUGCCAUAAGGCCUGUUUUUGAAACUUAAAUGACUAUAUGCUGAUUUUAAAUGUAUAACUGAUGAACAUACAGGUGAAAGAAGUCCAUUGCACUGAAUUGGGUAUAUGACUUUGCAUGUGUAUAUUCCAUCUUUGUCCCUUGUGAAACCUCUAUAAUGUACCACACCACAUGCUCAGACAUUGAGCAAAAUUCCAGACUAUUUAACCUUAGUGAACUGCAACAACUGCUUUUGAUGGGUUUCUUUGAAAGAUUUGGUUUAGUUGCUUUAACCUUUGUUGUCUUGUUUUAACAUUUGUUCCCGUUGAACCUGUUUCCUGUUCUCAUAAGGACAACAUAUAAAGCACUGUUGUAUCUCAUUGCACAAA